AUGGGUAAAAAACGUUUGGAAAAAUUGACUUGCGAAAGAAGUGUCGAUUCUGCGCAAGAACUCAUUGUUGGCGGAGAACAAAAGGAAAAAAAUGGUGUAAUAGGAACUCGUAAAACAGUUCUAUUAAUCGGUGGUCAAGGCUGCGGUAAAAGUACGUUGAUCGACGCAUUUGCCAACUAUCUGUACGGUGUAAAAGAGGAUGACGAUUAUCGUUAUACAGUAUUUCCAAUUAUUGACGAGACAAUGGCGAAGUUGAAUCCAUCAAUGAGUACAGAAAAUAACUCAACAGAUACUGUUACCUGUUAUGUUUUUCACAAUACUAAUUUAACGUUUCCAGUUGCCUUCAUUGACACACCAUCACCAGGCAAGUUAACUGUUAAAAAAAUAUGGUAUUUGAUAAAAUCAACAGAUAACUGCAUUCCCUUCGAUGUAUGGCAAGUACUCGAUUCGAUGGUACGAGAAAUAGAAUUUGAUUUUGUUCCUGUGAUCCCACUGAUAACUCACGCUACUAAGCGAGAACCACGAAUUGCUCUUAGUGCUUUAGCUCAAAUUGGGUACAUUGGACUGACAGCAUGUGAAGAUUAUUAUACUUUCAAUACAGCUUCAGUAUUGGGUUCCCACAGUCACAAGAAAGACUCAAAACCACUGAGUUUUAAGGAGAACUAUGCACACAUAGAGCAGAUUUUGAAAAGUCUGGAUAAACAUUUCAAAUGGAUGUCAAUCUCAGAUGGAUCAGGCUGCACCACUGCGAUACAAGUGAAUCUUAGCAGGGCAAGCAAGACUCAAAAAAAAUUUUACACAACGGGUAGCUUCAGACGUAGCGUUCGAGCUAAACCAGUUGUUGUCAAAAAAUAUCCUACAAUAGCUGAAGAAGAAAAUGAAACUGGAGAAGAAACAAACAGCGAUAAUUUAAGAAGUAAUCUGAUGACGGUCGACACAAAAAAUGAGACGCAAACUGUCCCGCAUCUAAUAAUGUCAAAAAUGGAAAUAAACCAUAAAUCACGAAUUGUAAAGGACCAUGAAGUCGGGGAAAUUUAUGAAGUAAUCAGGUUUAGACGAGCCAAGGUAAUGAACUUUUCGACACAAACUUCCAUAAACGAUGAAGCAAAAGUCGGUGAUGCACCGCCAACCAUAGUGAACGAAAAGAAUGCAAAGUAUUACUCAUUUCAAACUGGAGUAACCACUGCAGAAAAAUAUGUACAAGCAGCUGCCGAAGCAUACGCCAACACUGGAACACAAAUGGAAUGCACCCAGAAAUCAGUAGAAACUGAAACGGAAAAUUCAUCAGCUGUCGCCAAAACUCAAACUGAUUAUGCUGACAAAGUAGCAUCAACACAAACGGACAUUGAAGUUGUUGAUGUUCACGUUCAAACAAAUACGGAUUGCUACUUCAAACCACUGCGAGAGCACGGACUAUCAGAGAAUAACGACAUAACCCCUCCAUAUGAGAUACAUAAAAAUCCUAGUCCAAUUCGGAGUGUUAGCCAAAGCAGAACCUCGACAAUGCUCUCAAGUAGCACAGCCAAUAAUAUGGAGAAUUCAUCACUCCAGAAUACAAUGAGUCUGCCACAGUUGCUAAGAAGUGAAAAUAUUGCUGAAAAUAACGAACCAGAUACAUUGAUUCAUCGUCGUGGAAGAUCCAGAGAGAUUACCCCAAUUAUUCUUACAGCUUCGCCUGAAUGUCAUAAUGGUAUCAGAACUUUGAACUCCUCUGCUCUUGAGAGUCUGUCUGCAACUACAAGUGCUCAGGAAUUGCACAACAGUGCUAAUAAUAGAGUAGACUUGCAGACUUCGCAAAGUGGUCAUGGAAGUAGGAGGCAGUUAAAUUCUCAUAGCAGUGCUGCUUCCCCAUCGGUGCAGGGCUUCACUGGCAAACACGGAACCGCGUUUGUAUCCUUUCAGAGACACGGCCCGAAAUCUCACAACGUUUGGAAUAAUAACUUAACGCCAAGUUCUUCUGAAAAUUCGAGUUCGCAACAGCUCAAAAUUUCUCACUCGUUUCCUGGUAAUCGUCAUGUACCGUCUGAAAUCAGUGGCGAGUUUAUAGUAGAAGGCGGUUAUACUGCAACUUCUGAUCAUCGACAUUUAUUGCAGAAAAGAGAAGGUACUGUUAUAUAA